CUCGCGAGCUUCAGGUCAUCUGGAAGUCCGAGAGCAUCAACCCAAUGACACAGAGCACCGGAUCAAUAUUUUGAAGAAACACCGAUAAAUGGACCAGAAAAGAAAAGAAAAAGAAAAAGAACAUCUGAGAGAGAUUUUUUAACAUGUGAAUGGAGCCGCAUGAUGAGGACACGGUGAAUCAACAGGACGAGGCGUGAGGUGCUGUCAACAAUGUCAGCGGGGUUUAUCGGUUAACUGAAAGAAAAACAACACUUCAUCGAUAAAAUAAAAGAAACCAAUAAGGGUUUAAUGUUAGGGCGAAAAUCUGGGGGGUAGUGAACAAAACCCCCCACGACUCGGACUAUCAGUUUAAAAUUGUAUUCUUUAUUAUAAAUUUUAAAAAAACAAUCACGACCAACACCUUUAACCUGAAAGACCCGAGUAACCGGACCGAACCGGAGGAUAAUAAGCUGGUGCUGGUAAUAGGCUACUGAAUCUCCGUGAUUUGAAUAAAUCACAGACGGUGAAAUCAACAGGAGACCGACUGAACGACGCAGUUUUGUAACGGAAUUUCUAACCUGAGAGUCGGAGAAAAUAUCGGUUUAAUCUCGAGAAGGAAACAGAACCAAAACCAUCUGCGAAAAUGGAGCUCCGCGGCAUGCUGCUCCUCACCGUCCUUCAGUGCUGUUCGGUCGCUCGAUGUGGCUGUGAGCCUCGGCUGGUGAACAUCGGUGCUGUGCUGAGUCAGAAACGCUACGAGCAGGUGUUCAAGGAUGCAGUGAGCCAGGCCAACACUCUGUAUGGGAAAGACAAGUUCAAGAUGAACGCCAUCUCCGUCACACACAAACCUAACGCCAUCCAGAUGGCUCUGUCCGUCUGCGAGGACCUCAUCUCCAACCAGGUUUAUGCGAUCUUGGUCAGUCACCCUCCUCAGUCCAAUGACCACCUGACUCCAACACCUGUGUCCUACACUGCAGGUUUUUACCGGAUCCCUGUGGUCGGUCUGACGACACGCAUGUCAAUCUACUCUGACAAGAGCAUCCAUCUCUCGUUCCUGAGGACUGUGCCUCCGUACUCCCACCAGGCUCACGUCUGGUUUGACCUGAUGAGAGAGUUCAGGUGGAACCACAUCAUCCUGAUUGUCAGCGACGACCACGAGGGCCGAGCUGCUCAGAAGAGACUUGAAACGCUGCUGGAGGAGAGAGAGACCAAGACUAAAAACAGGAACUAUGAAAACAUCGACCAACAGAACUAUGACUUCAGGAGAACACCCAAGGCGGAGAAGGUGCUGCUUUUCAGCCAGGACACCAACCUGACAUCUCUGCUGCUGGAGGCCAAAGACUUGGAGGCUCGAGUCAUUAUCCUCUCUGCUAGCGAGGACGAAGCUGCGGCUGUGUAUAAAGCAGCCCGUCAGCUCAACAUGACUGGCUCUGGUUAUGUCUGGCUGGUCGGAGAGCGAGAGAUGACUGGCAAAGCUCUUAGUGAAGCCCCAGACGGCCUGCUUGGCCUCCAGCUGAUUAACGGUAAAAACGAGUCGGCGCACAUUGCGGACGCUGUUGCGGUGGUGGCUCAGUCCCUGCAGGAGCUUUUCGAGAAAGAGAACAUCACAGAGCCGCCUCGGGGCUGCGUGGGAAACACCAACAUCUGGAGGACUGGACCGCUCUUCAAACGGGUGUUGAUGGCAUCAAAGUACCCUGAUGGUCUGACGGGACGAAUUGAGUUUAACGAUGAUGGCGACCGACGCUUUGCUACCUACAGCAUCUUGAACUACCAACAAAAACCAGGUCGCCUCAUCCAGGUCGGAGUCUUCAACGGAUCACAGGUUGUGAUGAACCCUCAGAGGAAGAUCAUUUGGCCAGGAGGAGAGACAGAGAAACCAGUAGGAUACCAGAUGUCAACUAAACUGAAGAUUGUGACGAUCCAUCAGGAGCCUUUUGUAUAUGUGAAGCCAACGAAGACUGACGGGACGUGUAAAGAGGAAUACACUGUUAAUGGAGUCUUAAUCAAGAAGGUUAUCUGUACUGGACCCAAUGGGACCACCCCAGGUCAGCCCAUUGUCCCUCAGUGUUGCUAUGGUUUCUGCAUCGAUUUGCUCAUCAAACUGGCGAUGAGCAUGAACUUCACCUAUGAGGUUCAUCUGGUGGCUGAUGGAAAAUUUGGCACGCAAGAGCGAGUGAACAACAGCAAUAAGAAAGAGUGGAACGGCAUGAUGGGAGAGCUGCUGGGAGGCCUGGCCGACAUGAUAGUCGCUCCCCUCACCAUCAACAAUGAGCGUGCUCAGUACAUCGAGUUCUCCAAGCCCUUCAAAUACCAGGGGCUCACCAUCCUCGUCAAGAAGGAAAUCCCUCGCAGCACUUUGGAUUCAUUCAUGCAGCCGUUCCAGAGCACACUGUGGCUGUUAGUCGGUCUGUCGGUCCACGUGGUGGCAGUGAUGCUUUACCUAUUAGACCGGUUCAGCCCGUUCGGAAGGUUUAAAGUGAAUAGUGAAGAAGAAGAAGAAGAUGCCCUCACCUUGUCCUCGGCUAUGUGGUUCUCAUGGGGAGUACUCCUGAACUCUGGGAUAGGAGAAGGAGCUCCCCGGAGUUUCUCAGCGAGGAUUCUUGGUAUGGUGUGGGCAGGUUUUGCUAUGAUCAUUGUAGCUUCAUAUACUGCCAACCUGGCAGCCUUCCUUGUGUUGGACCGGCCUGAGGAGCGCAUCACUGGCAUCAAUGACCCCAGGCUUCGGAAUCCGUCAGAUAAAUUCAUCUACGCCACAGUGAAGCAGAGCUCGGUUGAUAUUUACUUCAGACGGCAGGUGGAGCUAAGCACCAUGUACAGGCACAUGGAGAAACACAAUUACGAGAGCGCUGCUGAGGCCAUCCAAGCUGUUAGAGACAAUAAGCUUCAUGCCUUCAUCUGGGACAGCGCUGUGUUGGAGUUCGAGGCAUCGCAGAAGUGCGACCUAGUGACUACGGGAGAGCUUUUCUUUCGUUCCGGUUUUGGGAUUGGAAUGAGAAAAGACAGUCCAUGGAAACAAAACGUUUCUCUUGCUAUUCUCAGCUCCCACGAGAAUGGCUUCAUGGAGGUUGACAAGACAUGGGUACGAUACCAGGAGUGCGACUCCAGGAGCAAUGCCCCUGCCACCCUCACCUUUGAGAACAUGGCAGGUGUGUUCAUGCUGGUAGCUGGUGGCAUCGUCGCGGGGAUAUUCCUCAUCUUCAUCGAGAUUGCUUACAAACGACACAAAGACGCCAGAAGGAAACAGAUGCAGCUUGCCUUCGCUGCAGUGAAUGUCUGGAGGAAGAACUUACAGCCGUACCCGACUGACAUCACCGGCCAGCUCAACUUAUCUGAUCCCUCCGUCAGCACUGUGGUCUGAGAGAGAGAGAGAGAGAGAGAGAGAGAGAGAGAGAG